AUGCGUGAACUCCGUCGCGGCCGGCUCCGGCGGCGCCCAGCUCCAGCGCUCUUCCCCGUCCGGCGCGCCGCGCACCCUGCCGUGGUCGACUCCAGUUACGCCGCGCCUCUACCAGCUGCGCGCACCAUCAACGGCUCCCAGGCUGCACCGCAGCGCCGGGUCCUCGCCAAGCAGCAGCGAACAGCUGCACCACCUCAUCUCGGCCUCAAGCUGCAUCAACUCGCGCGGGCAAAGCCGCAACAGCUAGCAUGCAUGCAGCAGCUGCAGUGCCCAGCACCAAGCGAGCAGGUACGCCCAUGCGUGGGCAGCAGUAAAAUAGCAGCAACUGCAUUAGCGUGCAUCCGCGCAAGCAGCAGCGCUGCAGCAAGAAUCCAGGCAGCGUACGUCGGGCAGCAGCACCACGACCUCCCGGCGGCCUCGUCCCCACCAACCUCGGCCUCGCGCACGGCCGCGUCCACCUUCGGCUUCGCCUCAUCCUCGGUCGGCUUGCUGCGAGCAUCUCCGGCCCCGUCCACGUCGAGCACACGAGCAGCAGCGACCACCUUCGCCUCGCGCCCUUGCCAGCGCCCCUCCGGCUUUAGCCCGCUGCAGCUACCUCCGGCUGCAACGGCCUCCGCGGCCAUUUCCGGCUUUCGCCGCGCGCGCAAACCGGCCACGUCGCCACGGCCAACUCCGGCUGCCACGGGCUCCGCCAGCUUCGCCCCCCGACACGGCCAUCUCCGGCUCCCGGGCGACACGGCCUCCUGGGGCUUACGCCCGCCACGGCCUCCUCCGGCAACGCGCGCCCCAGCAUCAACGCCCGCCACUCCAGCUGCGCCCUGCGCGCCCUCGGCCGGGUCCACGUCCUCUACCGAUUGUGGAAAGAGAGAGAUAAAAGGGAAAGUGGACCCGGCUGGAGAAAUGGCCGGGUGA